ACAAAAUUAAAAUAGGACAGUAAUUAACAUAAUCAUGUCUUUCUUGUUUGACAUCACAAAUUAUCGAUCAAACAUUUUGAGAUUUUAGGUUACGCGUCAAAAUUCACUAGAAAAGUUAAGUAUUUUUAUAACACCUUAAAAACGUUACAUUUUCCAAAUUUAACCUUCCGGUAAACCGCUUUUAAUUUCUUUACAAAUUAAAUUCGACACUUCCUUAAAUUUCGAUAAAAAGUUAUUAAGAAAAUUCUAAAUUAACAGAAAUUUAAACCGAAAUUUUGUUGACAUGAAGGUUUUGUAAGCUCAAAACGGAAAAUGUUUAGACCUACGGUUGAAGAUUUACAGUAUCAAGUGCAUGAAUUAAAAAAGCAACUUCAUGAAGUUCGAGAUGAUAAUCACCUUUAUAAGGUAAAAGUAAGAAAAUUGCAGGAUGAGAUACGCAAAAAGGAUAAGCAAUUGGAGAUGGUACUUGACCCUAAACGAGCAAAUAGUAUAAAAAAGAUGUUAUCUCAACAUGGAGCUACGUUAGUUUUAAAACUACGCGAAGAAAACUCUGAAUUACAAAAAGAAGUAGAAGAAAAAAAGCAGACAAUAAAAAAGUUGCAAUGGCAAAUUGAAACUAUUAAACUCUAUUACGCAGAACGCAACGGAUGUGGUUCUAAUGUCAAAAUCGUUGAACCCGAUGAUUUAUCAAAUUCAGCCGCUGAUUAUGAUCCAUCAUUACAUGCGAGAGGAAAAAGAUCAAAAAGCGUUUCUUGUAGAAAACCCAGUCCAAGACCAAAUUCUCCUCGAAGAAAUUCUUCAGAAUUAUAUUCCGAAUUAGUCCAAGAAAAUUAUCUUUCGAUGUUAAACGCCAAUUUGGAAAUAAUAAAAAAUAACGAUUCAUUUAAAGACAUUCAUAAAGCCCAUGAUACCCAUAUUGAAGUUUGCGCGAAAUCCCCAUCUUUGUCUUUUCAACCUUCCUCAGCUUCACGUGAUAGUCCUCACCAAGAAAUCCAACAAUUACAUGGUUGUUUAAUGAACGUUUUAACGGAAGUAGAUUCUCUAAAAGAUACUAUUGUACAUUUAAAAGAAGCCCAAUUAAAAACUCACAAUGUUUUAGAAGAAAAGAAUUUUAUUUUCAGCACAAACAUUGAAAAAUUAGCAUCAGAAAUCGAAAAUUUAAAACAACACCAAAGACCAUCACCAACAAACAUUAAACAUUGUAGUAAAGUGGAACAAAAACUACGAGAAAUAGAAAAAUGCGAAAUGGAAAUGGAUUUAUCGACGAUCGAAGAACGUUCAAUAUACGAUUAUAGCAUUUCGGAAAGUAGAGAUGCCGCUGACGAUGAAGAAACGGCGUCCACGAAAGAUCGCACCAUAAAAUUGUGCUCAAAAAAGUCUCUAAAGGAUUUACAACAAAUGCAAAAGCUAAAUCCUUCCGUUUGUGUCCAAACUCUGCGAUCCUGUCUAAUGAAACAUCUUCAACCUCAACCUGGCCCCUCAAUCAUUAACCCCGCUUCGUUUAUUAACCAAACUUACGAAUUAGAAGAUGAUUUUAGUCCCGAAGAUUAAUUGAAUUCUUAUUCAAUGAAAUUGUGUUGAAAUAUAUAUUUUCACGUUGUAUUAUGACAUAUGUAACGCUUUUAGUAAAUUGGAAUUUUGUAUAAGUUAUUUCCCAAUCAGCUUUUAUUUCAUUAAAUAAAUAAUAGUUUAUUU